AUGUCUACUAGUGGAUAUAAACCUGGCAAGCGACACGCAGUGGUUCCUCUUCCCUCUGUCCCCAAAGAGACUAUAGAGUUCUGUGGAUGUAAAAUUCCGAAAGAAUAUGAUGGGAAAUUAGAGCGGACAAAAAAUUCCCUUAUUAUCAAAAAAGGUUUUGUUCCCGGGAUGUUGAGCGAUGCUGAGAUGUUUUGUAAUACUGAGUUAUUUCAUUUGUUAAUGGAUGAAUUGCUCAACGAACAAGAAGGUACACCAUUCUCUUCAUGCGUCAAACAAACCGCAAAUGUGGCAACACUUCCCGGUGUUGUCAAAUCUCUUGCUAUGCCUGACGCACAUAGUGGGUAUGGGUUUUCGAUAGGAGGUGUAGCAGCAAUGCGUACCGAUAAAGGUGGUUGUAUUUGUCCCGGUGGAAUUGGUUUUGAUAUCAAUUGUGGUGUUCGUCUUCUUCGGACCAACCUCAAAGAGUCUGACAUACUUCCUCACAAAAUUGAAUUGGCAGAUUCUCUUCAAAAGAACAUCCCAUCUGGUGUUGGUACGACAUCUUCUCUUCGUCUUUCGGUGAAGGAGCUUCGUGAAGUAAUGAAUGAUGGGAUGGAGUGGCUUGCAACGCAUAACUACGCUCGCCCCGACGAUUUCCUUUAUUGUGAAGAAAAUGGUAAAAUUCCUGAUGCAAACCCACUUUUAAUAAGUCAGAAAGCAAUGUCACGAGGACAAAACCAAUUAGGUACACUUGGGUCAGGAAAUCAUUAUUUAGAAGUCCAGAAAGUUGAUCAUAUCUACGAUAAAGAAGCGGCUCAAGCACUUGGGAUCACUGAGAUUGGUCAAAUAUGUGUGAUGGUCCAUUGUGGGAGUCGAGGGUUAGGCCAUCAAGUUUGCCAAGAUUUUGUUGAUACCUUUCUUUCCAAGAACACCGCAAACCCCGUUGACAAGCAACUCACUGGGGUUCCUUUCAACAGUGAAGAUGGAAAAAAAUAUUUCAGUGCAAUGAAUGCUGCUGCCAAUUUUGCAUUUGCGAAUCGUGGGUUUAUUACAUAUCAUAUUCGACAGACGUUCUCUGAAGUUUUUAAGAAGUCGCCUGAAGAAUUGGAUUUAGGAAUAGUAUACGACGUCUGCCAUAACAUCGCGAAGUUAGAAAAGCAUGUAGUGAAUGGAGAGGAGGUCGAGUGUGUUGUCCACAGGAAAGGGGCGACCCGUGCAUUUCCUCCGCAUCGUCCUGAGUUGCCUGAGAAGUACAAAGAGAUUGGGCAACCAGCGAUAAUAGGUGGGAGUAUGGGAACGUCGUCAUAUGUACUUGUAGGGACGCAGAGUGGAAUGGAGAAGUCUUUUGGGAGUACAUGUCAUGGUGCUGGUCGGAAACUGAGUCGUGUAGGAGCAAUGAAAAGUGUUUCUUCUGAUAAUGUUGUGCAAGAGAUGGAGAAGAAGGGGAUAGUUUUGCGUAUAACGGACCCCAAGUUAGCGGCCGAAGAGUGUGAUGAAGCCUAUAAAGAUGUUACACAAGUUGUUGAAACGUGUCAAGAAGCUGGGAUUUCCAAAAUAGUAUUACGGCUCAAGCCCAUUGUAGUUGUAAAAGGCUGA